CUCAGAAGGAAGUGGCUUGGCCUCAACAAACUCUUUUUUGCUUCCAACGCCUUUUUCUUCUGACCCAGCUGAGACUGUUGAUCUAAGAGGAGACCCCCCGGACUCAGAGAAAACUCCCGCCGCCCUCGGAGGCUGGAUGCUAAGCAGCCACAGCUGUUCUGAAGCCCCUCCAUGAAUCCCCGGAAGAAGGUAGAUUUGAAGCUCAUCAUCAUCGGAGCCCUGGGCGUAGGAAAGACCUCCCUCCUCCACCGCUAUGUGCACAAGACGUUUUACGAGGAUUACCAGACCACACUGGGGGCCAGUAUCCUCUCCAAGAUCAUCAUAUUAGAUGACACAACUUUGAAGCUACAGAUCUGGGACACAGGAGGACAGGAGCGGUUCCGCUCCAUGGUGUCCACAUUCUACAAAGGCUCCGAUGGCUGCAUCUUGGCUUUUGAUGUCACUGAUAUGGAGUCCUUUGAAGCUCUGAAUACCUGGCGGGGUGAUGUUCUGGCCAAAAUCAUUCCAAUGGAGCAGUCCUAUCCCAUAGUGGUGCUGGGGAACAAGAUCGAUCUGGCAGACCGGCAGGUGCCGCAGGAGGUAGCCCAAGGCUGGUGUAAAGAGAAGAAUAUUCCCUACUUUGAAGUCAGUGCCAAGAAUGACAUCAAUGUGGUACAAGCCUUUGAGAUGCUGGCCAGCCGAGCUCUGUCGAGGUAUCGAAACAUCUUAGAGAAUUACCUCACAGACUCUAUCAAGCUCUCACCAGAAGACCAGUCCAGGAGCAGAUGCUGCUGAUCCUCCAGUCUCCGUCGGGAUGGCCAGAGCCUCAGACUGCCCUGGGACUGCUCGUCCCAGGCUCCCCAGCCCCUCCGCCUGCCCAGUCUCGGCUGGCUCGGCCCCAGCAGCCCCAACCCUGCCACGGAGCCCCGAUCCCCCUCAUGUCCGUGCUGGGCCCAGAGCCAGAGGGCAGCCAGGGAGGAGUGCAGUGAGCACAGGGGUCCUGAGGACACUCAGAAGGUCACCGUUAAAUCCUGGCCCGGAGGAGGCACAGUUCCCUCGCCAGCUCCAGCUUCCCUGCCACCCGCCCUCCCCACACGCACGGCGGCUCCAGAACGCUCAUGUCUGCAGGCAGACAGGCCACUGCCUCCGAGUGCUGUGCAGUGGCCUUUCGGGGCCGUGCCACCACACACCCACA